AUGCCGGUACUACCAACGCCACAUAUGGGGUCUGUGAACACGCCGGCUACUCCUACGACAUGUGCGACCUCAACACAAUAUCACAUAUCUCCCCAUACGUCGGAUAUACCAACGUCACGUAUGGGGUCUGUCAACACGCCGACUACUCCUACGACACGUGCGACCUCAACACAAUAUCACAUAUCACCCCAUGUGCCGGAUAUACCAACGCCGCGUAUGGGGUGUGUCAACACUCCGGCUACUCCUACGGCACGUGCGACCUCAACAAGCAUAUCACAAUGUUUUCCCAUACGCCGGAACAUCCAAAGCCGCUUAUGGGGCCUGUCCGCACACUGGAUAACCUACGACACGUGGGACCUCACAAUCGCAUGGUGGUACUUACAGUGUAGUCAAGACAUGGUGAGUGCGUAUAGCACUUCAAACUAUAUUGAAAGUCUCACGGUCAACCCAGGGUCAAACUACCCAUACUUGGUCAAAUGGGCCCGCGGGGUCCACUACCUCGAAAUCCCGAUCUGA